AUGCAUUCUGCAGAAAUGGAGCUGCUGAAGCGAUUGCCAUUGCACCGUACUUUCCUGGCUGUCAUCCUGAACCUGCUGGCUCUCACCCUCUCCACCACCGCCUUGCUUGGCAGCUACUGGUGCACCGGGACCCAGAAAGUGCCCAAACCUUUGUGUGGGAAGAGCAAAGCCACCCAGUGCAUCGGUGUCCCCAUGCCAUCUGAUGCAGAUACGAGCAAUGUUUCAUCUGAGGAUGUGGUGCACUACAGCUGGGAGACUGGAGAUGACCGUUUUGCCUUCAGAUACUUCCACACAGGGAUGUGGCUUUCCUGUGAAGAGAGCAUGGAAGGGCCAGAAGAGAAAUGCCGCAGCUUUAUUGAGCUUUCACCACCAGCAGAGAGAGGAAUCCUGUGGCUGUCGCUGGGAUCAGAGAUGCUGUACAUCAGCUUGCUGCUCAUCAGCUUCAUCCUCCUGACAGUGGAAAUGCUGCAUACUGGCAAUCCUGUCUGUGGGAUGAAGCUCAAUGCCUUUGCUGCUGUCUCCUCGGUGCUGUCAGGUCUCCUUGGGAUGGUGGCCCACAUGAUGUACAGUCAAGUCUUCCAGGCAACUGUUAAUCUGGGACCAGAGGACUGGAGACCGCACUCAUGGGACUAUGGCUGGGCGUUCUACAUGGCCUGGGCCUCCUUUACCUGCUGCAUGGCCUCUGCUGUCACCACUCUCAACACCUACACCAAGACGAUACUGGAGUUCAAAAGGAACCACAUCAAGGGCUACGAUGGGAGCUUCAAGGAUCAGCCUCAGCACCACCAGUGCUUCCUACAGCAAAUAAGCAGCUACUAUGAGCCCAGAGGCAAGGCCUUCCUUUCAGUCUCUGAGGGAGUCGACUUCUACACUGAUCUGCAGCAGAAAAUGCUACAGCGGGAACCAGAGCUGGAGCUGGAUGAAGUCUUGGGCCAGACAAUUGGGGAGGAUCGUUGUUAGGGAUGAUGAGUGUAUAGGGACAGAGCAGUGGGGUUUGGGAGGCACAAGAGCUCUGCAACAAACACUGGCAUCGCUGUUAGCAAGCUCUUGGGGGACUCUUCCUUCCUCUAAGUUCAGGGAUUGAGAAGAGAAGAUGGGCACUGGGUUAGGGCAACCUACAGUGCUAGCAGUAGCAGGCUGAGGGUCCUCCCUGAUCACAGUUUUAUGGGUGUCCUCUGCUGAGAAGGGUGAAACUGGAGGGACAUUUUGGUGCCAGCUGUCUCAAGUACUUUCAGGCAGAGUUGAGGCAAAUAUCCUAACCCCAGUACUGCACUUGGGAAUAGACAGUCAGCACCAUCCAGAUGGCAAAUUGCACUCUUUGAGUGGGUCACACUGACCUCAGUUCAGUGCUAUGGUGAAAGGCAUCAGUGUUCAUACUGAUCAGUUGCCAUCCUCUCUGAACACCCUAUUUAUUCUUAAUUUCCAGGCCCAGACUCCUCUUCUCCCUGACCCUAGAUUAAAAGUCCCGCUGCAGUAGGAAUGGAGGGUAGCUUUCAGAAAUCUCUCUCCUCCACUUUCCUCUCUGUAAUGACUCCCACAUGCUCCCCUCUUGCUUUUCCCCCAGAAAUCUCUCAUUCUGAGGUACUUUACUGUCUGCCUCUUUUUACUGUUUCUCCACAACCUUUAAGAAUCUUUGGCUGUACUUUUGCUUUUUUCUUUGUUU